AUGUCUGUCCUUCUUCUCCUCCACCCAACGGUGGUCACGGACGAGGCUUUGGUGAGCCAGUCCAAACAGCAGAUCCACGGCAGAUAUCCAAAUGCUUCGAUCACGCAGCACAUCAUCGAACGCGUGGCCAACAACAGCGUCGGGCUCCCUGCAGAGCACUACGACCUUAUUUCGUACGUGAACCCCAACGAGAACCAUUUGGGCAUCCCCACGACCGUGAUGACCAAGCUUUUCCAGGCCUUGAAGCCCGAUGGCGAGCUCAUUGGAGACUUGCCUUUGGACCAGGACUUGGACGUUUUGAUGAGCGGGUUCCUCAUCCAGCAGCCGGGGAAAUGGCUCAAGCCCGCGCCGGUGGCGGCGUCCGCUGUGUUGCUCAAGAAAAAGACGCCCAGCGGCGAGCCUCGUAGAAAGCCCUUGUUCAAAAAGGCCGCAGCAUCGGCAGCUCCCCAAGCGGCCGCCGCGGAGGAAGGUGAGGCCGAGGAGGACUCCGGCAUGAAGCGCAAGUUGCAGGCCACCAAGUUGGCGUACUUCAGUGACGUGUCCAGCAACGAGGAAGAGGACGAGAGCGAUUUCAUCGACGAGGACGACUUGAUUGCCGACGCCGAGCGCCUGAACAACUACAACAUCGUGGUGCCCAAGAAAUGCGAGUUGCCCAGCGGAAAGAAGAGAAGAAAGGCAUGCAAGGACUGUACCUGCGGGCUCAAGGAGGCCGAGGAGAGCGAGGACACCAACACGCGGACGCUCCAGGACUCGAUUUUGGGCAAGAUGGCGCAACUGGCAACGACAGAGGCCAUCAAAAUCGAGGAGCGCUUGAAAAACUCGAAGGUGCAGUUCACCGAGGAGGAGUUGGCGGAGAUCGACUUCACUGUCGAGGGCAAGACCGGGGGCUGCGGCUCCUGUGCUCUUGGAGAUGCGUUCCGCUGUGACGGGUGCCCAUAUUUGGGGCUUCCGCCCUUCAAGCCGGGCGAGGCCAUCACGCUCGCGGGCAUGGACGAGGACAUUUGA